GCAAAAGGCCCCAACUGUAUCAGCACUGAGAGACUAGACCUGGCCUCCUCCCCUUGUAGCCACCACUCCUUGAACCUCACCUGGCACCAUGAGCGGCCACGUUGGAGACCUCAGCCCCCAGCAGGCAGAGAUGCUAGCCAAGUUCCGAGAAAAUGUCCAGGACAUGCUACUUGCCCUUCCCAACCCUGAUGACUACUUCCUUCUGCGCUGGCUCCGAGCUCGGAACUUUGACCUGCAGAAAUCAGGAGCCAUGCUCCGCAAGUACAUGGAGUUUCGGAAGACCAUGGACAUUGACCACAUCCUUGAUUGGCAGCCUCCAGAGGUGAUCCAGAAGUACAUGCCUGGGGGCCUAUGCGGCUACGACCGCGAUGGCUGUCCUGUGUGGUACGACAUCAUCGGGCCGCUCGACCCCAAGGGGCUGCUCUUCUCUGUCACCAAGCAGGACCUGCUCAAGACCAGGAUGAGGGACUGUGAGCGUAUCCUGCACGAGUGUGACCUGCAGACCGAGCGGCUCGGGAGGAAGAUUGAGACCAUCGUAAUGAUAUUUGACUGUGAGGGCCUGGGCUUGAAGCACUUCUGGAAACCUCUGGUGGAAGUGUACCAGCAGUUCUUUGGUCUCCUUGAAGAGAAUUACCCAGAGAUCCUGAAGUUCAUGCUCAUCGUGAAAGCCACCAAACUGUUCCCUGUGGGCUACAAUCUCAUGAAGCCCUUCUUGAGUGAAGACACCCGCAGGAAAAUCAUAGUGCUUGGUAACAACUGGAAGGAAGGUUUGCUGAAACUCAUCAGUCCCGAGGAACUGCCUGCCCAGUUUGGGGGAACCCUGACUGACCCAGAUGGAAACCCCAAAUGUUUAACCAAGAUCAACUAUGGCGGGGAGAUCCCCAAGUCCAUGUACGUGAGGGAUCAGGUGAAGACUCAGUAUGAGCACUCAGUGCAGAUCAGCCGUGGCUCCUCGCACCAGGUGGAAUACGAGAUACUGUUCCCAGGAUGUGUCCUCAGGUGGCAGUUCUCAUCAGAUGGUGCAGACAUUGGCUUUGGGAUUUUCCUGAAGGCUAAGAUGGGGGAGCAGCAGCGAGCAGGCGAGAUGACGGAGGUGCUGCCCAGCCAGCGCUACAAUGCCCACAUGGUGCCCGAGGAUGGGAGCCUUACCUGCUCGGAAGCUGGCAUCUAUGUCCUGUGCUUUGACAACACCUAUAGCUUUGUUCACACCAAGAAGGUCAGCUUCACAGUGGAAGUGCUGCUCCCAGACGAGGGCAUGCAGAAAUACGACAAGGAGCUCACCCCCGUCUAGACGGCUCCUUCAGUUAUCAGAGAUUCCACCCCUCUGCUUUCUCUCUCUAUAUCCCCCCUCCCCAGUAACUGAUUAUUAGUCUUCCCAGACCUGGUGACAUUAGAGAAGGGGCUGCCUUGUGGAAGAUCCGUAUGCUGUGGUCAGAUCAGAAAAGGUAUGAGAGGCACAGUCUGGGAGGGUGCCAAAGUUGCAGAAGAGAAAGAAGGCAGGGGUGAAGGUGGGAAGUGGGAUGUCACUGAGCCCCCAAGAAAUAGGAAAAUGAACCCCCUACCCUUUGUCCUCAGCUCUCUUAAGGCAUUUGUGUGUGCUUGAAUAAUCUUCCCUAUAAGCUCUGAGCUCCCUGGGUUGGAGAUCUAUUUAAAUUCUUUUUUAUUUCCCCUCCCUGUAUGUUGUUG